AUGAAAAUCAUUACCGAGGAAGAAAGAAAAGCAGAAACCGAAGCUGUUUUACGGGGUGGGGCUAAGGGAUUGGUUAUAGGUACACUUUGCUCAUUGGGUUUAUUUGCAGCUGCUAAGUUCAGAUACAAAAAGAUACUCAACUUAUCAACAUCGGGAAAAUGUGCCAUUUUCAUUACUCCCCCCAUCUUUUUUGUUACGGUUGAGGCAGAAAAGGCAAACACCUUGUUUGAUCAAAGUAUGUAUUCUCAUGAGGAACAAACAAGACUUAAAAUUGAGAAUGAUCAGAAAUGGACCAACAUGACUCGAAAUGAAAGGGUAAAGAUCACUUUAAAUGAGAAUAAAUACAAAAUUAUUACUGGACUUUGGGCUCUUUCACUUUGGGGAUCUUGGAAGUGGGCAGACAGGGACAAACUUUUGUCGAAAGCUCAAAAAUUCUAUAAUGCGAGGAUGUAUGCCCAAUUUAUUACAAUUGCCUUGUUAUUGGGAUCAAUUGGGCUUUCUAUGAGAGAUGAGCAAAAAAAUAAAAAAAGGACUAGCAGUGACGAUUACUUUAAUAGAGUGAUCAAGGUGACAAAGUCCGAAUCUGAAGGAACUGCCUAA